GAGCGCCUCUCUCUCCCUCCAGUCAGCAAGGAAAGGUGUCGUUUUCAAGACUGCAACAAACUGAUCGCUAUUUGAGGGAUCCAGGCAGAGAGAAAGAGGUGGAACGAGACGGCUGGACUGACAAUGACCACUGAAGGGGAUCCCAGCCUCUCGGCCAAACUGCUGCAACUGGUGCUGCUGUCCACCUACUGGGGCAUGCAGAUCUGGUUUACCUGCAUAUCUAGCUUUGUGAUGGACAGCCACCUGAACAGACACACAUUUGGUUUGAUCCAGAGCAGACUGGUUCCGUUCUACCUUCACCUGGGCUCUCUCUGUGCCUUCCUCAACCUGACGCUGUUUGCUGUCUACCACCCUGCAGACCUGCUAGAUGACAGAGAGGCCUUCCAGAUUGGGGUAUACUUCCUGUGUGUGUCGGUAGCAGUGGUCAACGCCCAGUGGUUCGGUCAGAUGACAUCAGAGAUAAUGGAAGACAUGCAUCUAAUGGAGCAAGCCCAAGGAUUGGGCCAGGACAUUGGUCUGUCUACCAAUAGGGAGGCUUACGCCAAGCUGUGUGAGACAGACGGUAGAUACAGGAGUCUGUCUUGUCGGCUGUGGCUUUACAGACUGUUGUCUUCGCUGUGUAACAUCUGCUGCAUUACCUGCAAUGCAUACAGCCUGUACUACCUAGCAGAGAACCUUACUUCACUAUAGCACAGUUACGAAAUAUGGAUGGUAAGUCCACGGGUGGCUGGAAUGAAUGGUAUCGACACAUUAAAAUCAUGGUUUCAUACCAUUCCAUUCACAUUACUAUGAGCCGCCCUACACUCACCAGCCAGCUGUUCUUUUUAAAGUUCAGCCAUUUUAAUCUUCUACUAGAGGAGCGAUGGAUUUUAUUCUACUAGAGGAGAGGGAGGGAUGGAUUUUAUUCUACUAGAGGAGAGAUGGAGGGAUGUAUUUUAUUCUACUACCAGAGAGAUGGAGAUGUAUUUUAUUCUACUGGAGGAGAGAUGUAUUUUAUUCUACUACCAGAGAGAUGGAGGGAUGUAUUUUAUUCUACUACCAGAGAGAUGGAGGGAUGUAUUGUAUUCUACUAGAGAGAUGGAGGGAUGUAUUUUAUUCUACUAGAGGAGAGAUGGAGAGAUGUAUUUUAUUCUACUGGAGGAGAGAUGUAUUUUAUUCUACUACCAGAGAGAUGGAGGGAUGUAUUUUAUUCUACUACCAGAGAGAUGGAGGGAUGUAUUGUAUUCUACUAGAGAGAUGGAGGGAUGUAUUUUAUUCUACUAGAGGAGAGAUGGAGAGAUGUAUUUUAUUCUACUACCAGAGAGAUGGAGGGAUGUAUUUUAUUCUACUACCAGAGAGAUGGAGAUGUAUUUUAUUCUACUGGAGGAGAGAUGUAUUUUAUUCUACUACCAGAGAGAUGGAGGGAUGUAUUUUAUUCUACUACCAGAGAGAUGGAGGGAUGUAUUUUAUUCUACUACCAGAGAGAUGGAGGGAUGUAUUGUAUUCUACUAGA